AUGGCUAAUGGCAUUGCAGUCCCGGUAACUACAGAAGAUGUCAGCAAUAUUAUGGGCAUCCCAUCAAAUGGUGAGGAGAUUGUGGUGCAUACUAGGAGAGACACCUCCAAUUGCAGCUACACGAUCACUUUGUUGGAGCAAAAUUUAGAGGACUUGGCCAUUGGUGAUGAUUUUACGAAAACUUUUUUGAUUUUUGCAUGUGCUACCCUACUCGCACCUAACUCCAAGCUGGAAGGAAUGCAUGACCUAUGGGACACCAUUUGGAAUGGUCAUGUUGGUGUCGCAAAGAAUUGGUCGCAAUUUGUCUUCCACUACAUAGAGGAUGGAAUCAAAGAACACAUAAAAAAACCAGCCAGGUUACAUAUGUGGUUGCCUGAUUUUCCUCCAGCUCUUCUACAUGACAAAAUUUUAUAUGCCACGGUUGAUAUGACUAUGCCGUUACUUGCUGCUUGGAGUGAUGACAUAAUAAAAAGACGGUUAUCAACUGAAAUUGCCACAUUUGGUGGUUAUGGUCAUGUCCAUACUCAACAGCUACCAGAAUCCGGUGGCCAUUCCCAUGCACCGGCAGCAGGUGGCCCGUCCUCGGCCCGUGAUGAUUCUACAGAGGUAAUUCAAGAACGUAUGAUAGAAACCUUUGAAAAUUUGUUGAGAUUAGUCUCUUCACUAGCCGAAGAUGUUGCUGAAUUGCGUUCCCGUCAGUUUGGAUCGCAAUACCAUUGUUCAUCUACUCCAGAGCAGCCUUCACGCCAAGUCCAAGAAGAACCACCUUCUAUGCCAGUCGACAUUCACCAUUCAGCUGAAGAAUUUGUAGAACAACCCAUCCUACCAUCAGUACAACAUUCUCCAGCUGAAAGGCACGAUUCUGCAGUUGACCAUGGUCCCCCAUCACUGCACCCAGAGUCCCUUGACCAAUCAUAUCCUGACCAGCACUUGGAGGUUGUACAAGAGGUCUAUAAUGUUGGGCCAGUAGCUACUCGUAGCCAUUCAGACAGACCAACCUCAAGUCGCAAAUAUAAACGGAAUGGUAGGCGGAUUGUGAACAGGCCUGCCAUUUGUAAAUCUCCUUUUGUUGCACAGUGCAUGAAAAUGUUCCCGAAAAUAUCACAUACGAAUAGGCUGGUUGCUGAGUUUGCUUUGGACGAAGAUGCUGAUCUAAGCGAGGUUGUCUGUGAUAUGCACGGGAUGUUCAUUACAAGGGUCGAGCUUGCUUCUCUGAAUGGAGGUCCUUGGGUGAACAACAUUAUGCUUUAA